AUACACAGGGGAUAUAAAAAAGUCUACUCACCAUAAUAAAAAAAUAAGGUUUUAAAAAUAUAAAGACAGAAAUAACAACAUAAAUGUCAGCCUUGUUGCAACUUUAACGUGAUCGGACCACAAACAAAAAUAGAAGAAAGAAAAAAAUUAAUGUAUACUUAUUGUUGAUAUUUUAAAUGCAAAAAAACCCUGAUUGCAUAAGUCCGCACACCUAUCCAAACAUAUAUUUUGGAAGCACAUUUUUCCUUUAUUAAAUCAUCAAGUCUUAGUGUAUAAGUGUCUAUUAACUUCACACAUGUAGACUGUAAUUGUAUCCCACUUUUUUUUUUUUUAGAUCCACUGUGUUAUGUGAAAGAAAACACCAAAUUAAACAAUUUAUUGAAUCGUAAUGACGAUCACUCGCCACCAGAUGGCAAUGUGGAAACAUCUCGAAGAAGAGUGCAUCCUCUUAAUUCGAUUAAUAAAUCAGGAACAGUUCAAUCAUAUCCUGCGAUUCACAUGUAUCCUUUCGUAUAAAUAAUCUUGUGGAAAUAUCUACUAAGCACUUCAGUCCCAUCCCCAGUCCAGUCCCGCUGCAGAGUUAAGUUUGUAUUACAGGGGAAGACGCGGCCAUUCACAGCUCUUCCGCCCGCGUGCUGUGCCGGGACCGUGUUGCCAGAUCGCUAAAAUCACACUCACACUUUGAGGGAUUGUUGUUUAUUUCAGUGUAAGAUUUUCACACCCGAAAUUAUAACUGUUCUACAGCAGAUUGUUUUUGUUUUAUUUCUUCUGUCCUAGACGACUUCUGAACAGUGGUCGACGCUAAGGGGUUCAAUCCAAUCUGGCAACCCGAGCUCCGAUCCCUCCCCGUUCCCACCGAAUCUCUCCAACAGAUGCGCUCAAAUCUGCGGAUCCUCAAGAAGUCGAGCUGAAGCAAAGGAUCCUGCUGGAUAGUGCACAAGAAAACACACUUAAAGACAAGGAAAUAUCUGUUCAAAUUAUCUACAGCUUGGUGCAUGAGUUAGAGAACUUUUAUGAAGGAUUAGUUGAAAUGUGCAGGUAGUUGAGUUGAGUUUGCUGGAUCACGGCUGGGGGAUUGUUGGUAUCUCGGAGGGGUUUCGGAAACUCGGCACUCCUCAAACGGUUUCUCCUGCGAGCUCACUGAUGGUGGAUCCCCUGCGGCUUGCUCGCAUCGUGAUUGCAACCCGAGCCCUGUGUGUGUGUCUGUCUGCUUUCCCCAUUUGCCAGCCGGAGAAGUUGAAGAUCUCCGGGAUGCUUUGGCUCUGAAAGGAGAACUUCUCUCGGGAUCUCACCGUCUACAAUCGAAUCCACUCGGGUAACUCGUCUGUCGGCGACACGGAGCACGGCUGGAAAAUGUCGCAUCCCCCUGCCAAGUUCAAAAAGGAUAAAGAGAUCAUCACGGAAUAUGAAAGUCAAGUCAAAGAAAUUCGAACUCAACUGGUGGAACAGCAGAAAUGUAUAGAGCAGCAGACUGAGAUGAGGGUCCAGCUUCUGCAGGACCUCCAGGACUUCUUCCGCAAAAAGGCCGAGAUUGAGAUGGAGUAUUCUCGUAACCUGGAGAAGUUGGCUGAACGCUUCAUGGCCAAGACUAGAAGCACUAAGGACCACCAACAAUACAAAAAAGACCAGAACCUGCUUUCCCCAGUGAACUGUUGGUAUCUGCUGCUGAACCAAGUGAGGCGAGAGAGUAAAGACCACGCCACUCUGAGUGACAUCUACCUGAACAAUGUGAUCAUGCGCUUCAUGCAGAUCAGCGAAGACUCAACACGCCUUAUGAAGAAGAGUAAAGAAAUAGCAUUUCAGCUGCAGGAAGAUCUGAUGAAAGUCCUCAAUGAGCUCUACACGGUGAUGAAAACCUACCACAUGUACCAUACAGAGAGCAUUAGCUCUGAAAGCAAGCUGAAGGAGUUUGAGAAGCAGGAGGAGAGGCAGAUCGGCCGUACUGGUGACCCCGUCUUCCAUGUGCGCCUGGAAGACAAAACUCCAAGACGCAGCUUUGUUAAGAAGAUUGAGAAGUUGAAGGAAAAGAGGCAGGCCAAGUACUCCGAGAACAAGCUGAAGUCGAUCAAAGCCCGGAACGAGUACUUGCUGACUCUGGAAGCCACUAAUUCCUCAGUAUUCAAGUAUUACAUCCAUGACUUGUCUGACCUAAUAGAUUGCUGUGAUCUGGGUUAUCACGCCUCUUUAAACCGGGCCCUGCGCACCUACCUCUCAGCCGAGUAUAACCUGGAAACGUCUCGUCACGAGGGGCUGGACAUCAUUGAGAAUGCUGUGGACAGUCUGGACCCUCGCAGUGACCGUCAGCGCUUUAUGGAGAUGUAUCCCACAGCUUUCUGUCCUCCGGUCAAGUUUGAGUUCCAGCCACACAUGGGAGAUGAGGUGUGCCAGAUCGCAGCGCAACCUCCAGUCCAGGCUGAGCUGAUUCUAAGGUUCCAGCAGCUCCAGUCACGUCUGGCCACACUGAAAAUUGAGAAUGAGGAGAUCAAGAAGACCUCUGAGGCCACUCUGACCACCAUCCAGGACAUGGUGACUAUAGAGGACUACGACGUGUCUGAGUGUUUCCACCACAGCCGCUCCACAGAGUCGGUUAAGUCCACCGUGUCCGAGACGUAUCUCAGCAAACCCAGCAUUGCCAAGAGACGUGCCAACCAGCAGGAGACCGAGCAGUUCUACUUCAUGAAAUUCCGUGAGUUUCUAGAGGGCAGCAAUCUGAUCGCCAAACUCCAGGCUAAGCAUGACCUGCUGAAGAGAGCACUCGGAGAAGGUCACCGAGCAGAGUACAUGACUACAAGCCGUGGACGGCGGAACUCUCACACCCGGCAUCAGGACUCUGGCCAAGUUAUUCCACGAAUUGUAGAGAGCUGCAUUCGAUUCAUCAAUCUUUAUGGACUUCAGCAUCAAGGCAUAUUCCGUGUAUCUGGCUCUCAAGUUGAAGUCAACGAUAUUAAGAAUUCAUUUGAGAGAGGUAACGACCCUCUGACAGAUGAUGAGGAUAACCAUGAUAUCAACUCUGUGGCAGGAGUUCUCAAACUCUACUUCCGAGGUCUGGAGAACCCCCUCUUUCCAAAGGAGAGGUUUAAUGACCUUAUCUCCUGUAUCAGAAUAGAAAACCUGUAUGAGCGAGCCCUGUACAUUCGCAAGAUCCUCCUCACAGUCCCCAGAUCUGUCCUCAUAGUCAUGCGCUACCUGUUUGCGUUCCUCAACCAUCUGUCUCAGUACAGUGAUGAAAACAUGAUGGACCCUUACAACCUGGCCAUUUGUUUCGGCCCCACCCUCAUGCCCACUCCUGACACUCAGGACCAAGUGUCUUGCCAAGCCCACGUCAACGAGGUCAUCAAGACCAUCAUCAUCCACCAUGAGACCAUCUUUCCUGACACUAAGGAGCUUGAUGGUCCCGUAUACGAGAAAUGUAUGGCUGGAGGAGACUACUGUGAGAGUCCUUUUAGUGAGCAUGGAGUCUUGGAGGAAGUGGACCAAGACGGAGGUGCAGAAACACACACCAGUGAAGAUGAGGGCGAACCAAUUGAAGCAAUUGCCAAGUUCGACUACGUGGGCCGCUCUUCACGUGAGCUGUCAUUCAAGAAAGGUGCGUCGUUGCUGCUGUACCAGCGUGCUUCGGACGACUGGUGGGAGGGCAGACAUAAUGGCAUUGAUGGCUUGGUGCCUCAUCAGUACAUCGUAGUGCAAGAUAUGGAUGAUACCUUCUCCGACACUCUGAGUCAGAAGGCAGACAGCGAGGCGAGCAGUGGACAUGGAGGAGAUGAGAAGUGCUCCAGCAGAGAUCUAACUUCUCCUACAGACAGACCAGACACAUACAUCAGCAGUAGUCGCCACAGGAAGAGAAGUGACCCUCCGAAUCGCAAGCCUCCAGCGCGCCCCAACGAUGCCCACUGCAUGGUCCAUCCAUCCCAUGGGAGUCAUGGGAACCACAGUACUCAUGGCAACCCGGCCCUCGGCUCACCUGUUCUUAGCCAUUACAGCCCCCGUGAGGUGGUGCGUGGCAGAGGACCAGUGGUCACAGACAGCCCAGAAAGACGCAGACGCACGGGCCACAGCGGCCUCACGGGUCACAGCAGCCUCACGAACAUCAGCCGUCACGAGUCCCUGAAGAAGACCGAGAGCCCUCCUAUCCGUAGAUCCACUUCUUCAGGCCAGUACAUGGCUAGGGGUCUGGACCCAGAAAGCAUCGCACAGGACAUUGAGGAGACGAUGAACACGGCUCUAAACGAGCUGCGUGAGCUUGAGAGACAGAGCUCAGCGAAGCACGCCCCUGACGUGGUGCUGGACACACUGGAGCAGAUGAAGAACUCUCCGUCUACAGCGGGCAACUCUGCCGAGUCUCUGAAUCGUCACCCACUGCGUCGCAGCACCAGCUCCACCAGCGACGCCAUGACGACGUUCAAACCUGCCGUAGCCCCAAGAAUGGGAGUCCAGCUUAAACCUCCUGCUCUUCGUCCCAAACCCAUGGUGGCGCUUCCUAAGGGGGGUACAGCUCAAGCUACGGCAUCACCGCCCCAGGAUCCUCUUGACAAAUCAUGCACCAUGUGAGCCAAUCGCAGCUCAGCGAUGGGAGUUUAAUAUUGAUUUGAACAGAUUGCUUUAUAACUGUUACUUCUUCACAGUUUACAUUUGGACUAGAUUGAAGAUCCCACUGUUCCUCUGUUCCAUUGCUAUAGACAGAACAAGUGCUGAGUAUCAGCCCAGAGGGAUGUUUAAGCUUUAUAUAUAUAUAUAUAUAUAUAUAUAUAUAUAUAUAUAUAUAUAUAUAUAUAUAUAUAUAUAUAUAUAUAUUACUAAUAAUUUCCCAGGUCAAUAAUAAACUGUAACAGACAGCAGGACUUUGUUUAAACACGUUUUACCUGCUUAAAGUUUUUUUUAAUAGUUUUUCUUUCUGCAUUGAAAUGUGAACCAUUCUACUGUGUGGUCUGCAUUAAAGGCCACUCUUCAAUCCAGUUGAGGUGCGGUCAUGACAUGUAGAAAUCCGUUCACGUGGCGUGCGUCUGAUGCGUUUCCUUGCAUGUAUAUAGACCAGGAUAAUUUCUAAUGUAAUCCUCAGUAUGAAUAGAUAAGGAAACUAUAACUAGGUCAAGCAACUGUAUUAUAAAAAGAAAGCAACAAAUCACAAAGGCUUCCUGCGUGGUUAGAAACAUUUGUUCUAAUAGUUUACAUCUAGUAGGGAAAUGCUAAAUGUGAACAGGAACAAAGCAGGGUUUAUAUUGUUUCUUUGUUUACAGCCUCAGGAUUGUGUAAAAUUUUCGUUUCUUUUGCCUCAAACGGACGUGAACUAAUCAGUUAUUAAGCAAUGAAUGUGGUUUACUGGUAACUAAGCAGCACUGCCACAUGAAAAACUAACCCUAGUCUCUGGUGGUGUCUCAAAAAGCAAAUCAAAACGCUGCUAAUUCCUUGUUCUGAAAAGCAGUUGCAAUUUUUUUUUUAGACCAAGAGAAGUAGUGUAUGCAAGGCUUUACUUUUAAUAUUAUAUUUUUGAUAGUAACACUAGUAAUAUGUACUGUAUAUACACAAUUACCACCAAUUAACGCAGAAUAAUUCGACUACGUUUUAUUUAAUAUUUUUUAUUUAGUACAUCCAAUAAUAUCACUAUCACCAUGACUCAAAUAUAGAACAGUAGAGCAGUGAGUACAAAUGAGGAAGGAUUUCACUUUUAUGGACCUUUUUGCUAUUACUAGACAAAAACCCUGUGUAUUUCUGAACAGCUAAUCAGAAUUAGUUUGUUAUAAUCACAUGUUUCUUACAUAUUCACUGACUCCACUCUAUAAUAAUCCACACCACUGCUCUUACAGACGGUACAAAACUUUGUUGUUCAAAGAUCACUAAUCCCUCCGAUAUUUUAAAUAUAGAGCAUGAACCUUAAUAGUUUUCAGUCACGAUAUGCAAAGAGCGUUUGUUUUUUUAUUAAGUCUUAAAGAUUCAAGGCAAUAUUUCUGUAAUUUUACCAAACAAAGGCAUGAAAGCCAAUAGCCAUGGACUCUCUUGACUGUUACUAUAAAAUAUAAAUGUGAUCAUCCUUAUGAAGUAUGAGGUCCAAUCUGCCUUAGUCUGUGCUUUAGAUCAGUGAACUGCCUAAUAUUUAAAUAACACGUAAAUGCUCUCAGCAUCCUAGAAACAUUGUUAGCUAUGAAAUCAGUUUUAUCAUUUAGAGUUUGAUGUAAAUGUGCUGCAGCUGGUCCCAGUUGUACAGAAUAAAUAUAACGUAGACAUUUGCAAAUUGGGCAAAUUUUACUUAUAGUAAUGUUUUAAAAAUGUACAAUAUAGGCAAAUGGGACAGAAUAGUGUGUGUGUGUGUGUGUGUGUGUGUGUGUGUGUGUGUGUGUGUGUGUGUGUGUGUGUAUGUGCUAUAUUAAUAAUUCUAAAUCAUAUGCUUAUACUGAAAUUUAAUCCAGAACAAUGGGCCAUCUGUUGAAGCAGUGUGCCAGGAAGUGAGUAACACUUGUUUCUAAUGUUAUGUAUUUUAAGUCUGAUUAUUUUUCCUUUUGAAUGACUAACUGUUAAAUUGUAACAAUAAUAUUUUAAUGUAGAUUCUCUCUCUCUCUCUCUGUGUUUUUGUUUUUUUUGUAAUAAAGUGUACAGUGCAUUGCAGACCGAAUAUGCUUUAUUCGAGAGUGUAUUUGUUUCAGUGUUUAUUCCUGGAUUUCUCCCUCCACAGGUGUACAGUAACAGACUGCUGUUAUAUCAGUGUGGCAAUGUUCAUUUGUAGUAUGGACUUGUGAAAGUGCCUUUAAAAACAGCCGUUUUAGAGGAGCUUCAAGCCAGUGUCCUCUGUGCUGUCACACUCAUCUUUCAUCCCAGUGCAGGACAUAUAGGAAAAGACAGUGACCAGUUGAAUAAAUUUGAUAAAUAUACUGCUUAUUCAUUGUGACAUUGCACUUUCAUGUAUAAGACUGUAUAUAUGGCAUGCAACAUCCUAACAAGUUAUGGAGCUGUUUUUGUUGGGGUUUUUGUUUUAUUUUCAUUUGAGCUGAGGCACUGCUCUGGAUCAUGUCUUUCUAAUAAAGAACAUAGUUUGAUCAGCA